CUCAUGGCGGCUGCAGGCAGGGCGCGCGCGCAGUCCCGAAGCGCCUCGGUUUAUGAACGCGAGAAGAAAGGAGACCGUUAAAAAUGUGGCGGGGAUAAACCAAACGACCUCCGGUUUUACAUUUUAAAUAAUGUUUGCAGAGGCCAGUCUGUCCAUCUGGGGAUGGGGGGGUCUGGGAGUCGUCCUCUUCCUCAUCACAUUUGGACCUUUUGCCAUCUUUUAUCUGGCCUUCUACAUCCUCUGUUUCAUUGGCGGGGGUUUUGUAGUGCUUCUUUUAUUUGGAAAGAUAAACUCAGAGAAACACCUGGAAAGGUGUGAACACUCCUACCUGCCAUCGACACAGACGGCCAUACUGAAGGUUUUGGAGGAGAUCAAAUCAGAGUCCAGACCUAUAAAGAUUGAUCGACGUCUGACAGGAUCCAGUAUCAUAGAUGAGCCACUGCAGCAGGUCAUCCAGUUUGCUUUGAGGGACUAUAUCCAGUAUUGGUAUUACACAUUGAGUGAUGAUGAAACGUUCCUCUUGGAGAUCCGUCAGACGGUCCAGAACGCCCUCGUUGAGUUCUCCACCAGGUCUAAAGAGGUGGACUGGCAGCCGUAUUUCACCACCAGACUGGUGGAUGAUUUCGCGACUCAUCUGCGUGUUUUCAGGAAAGCUCAGGAGAGGCUAAAUGAGAGAGAAGAUCCGAAACAACGUGAUGCUCCGGACGAGUUGUUGGACUCGUUUUUUGAGGCGGAGGUGGAAAUGGAGAGGAAGAUUUGUAGAGAUGUUGUCUGCAUGUCACGCAAGGAUGAAGAAGGUUACCUGCGGGAUCUAUGUGAAGUGCUGCUGUACCUGUUACUACCUCCUGGAGAUUUCCACAACAAGAAUAUGAGAUACUUCCUCAGGGAAGUUUUGGCCAGAGGAGUUCUGCUGCCCUUAAUUAACCAGCUGAGUGACCCUGAUUACAUCAAUCAGUUCGUCAUCUGGAUGAUUCGUGACUCAAGCUGUAACUACGAGGCCUUCUUGAACAUCUUAAAGCUGACAGACAAAGUGGCCGAGCUGGAGGCCGUCAAAGACAAAGUCCUGGAGGAGCUUCAGUACCUCCGAUCUCUGGACACGGGAGGAGACGAUAUCAACUUUAUAAAGAAUCAAAUCAACAGUUUGCUCUUUGUGAAGAAAGUCUGUGAAACACGGAUACAACGGCUACAAUCAGGGAAGGAAGUUGACGCUUUGAAACUCGCUGCUAAUUUUGGGAAGUUGUGUGUGAUUCCGUUGGAACAUAUAUUAGUGCACAACAUCGCGCUGCAGUUCUUCAUGGACUACAUGCAGCACAUGGGCGGUCAGGCGAUCCUGUUCUUCUGGCUGACGGUGGAGGGCUAUCGGGUCACGGCCCAGCAGCAGCUGGAGGUCUUACAGAGCAGCCAGUGGGAUGGGAAGAGGCAGAGCAGCCAGACCACCAAAGGCCUGCUGAGAUCCGCCGCGCUUGGCGUCUAUGACCAGUACCUGUCCGAGAAGGCCUCUCCUAGGGUGGAGGUGGACGAAGCGGCUGUAACCAGACUGGCUCAAAAACUCAAUAAAGAGGAUCCCACACCAGAAAUAUUUGAUGAAAUCCAGAAAAAGGUGUAUGACAUGAUGUUGCGGGAUGAGAGGUUUUACCCGUCGUUUAAGCAGCACCCGCUGUAUGUGCGGAUGCUGGCCGAGCUGGACAUGCUGAAAGAGCCCAGUUACAGGGGUUCAGACGACGGGGACGGAGAGUCGUUCAACGGGUCUCCAACAGGAAGCAUUAAUUUAUCAUUAGAUGAUCUCAGCAGCGGGAGCGUGGAUGAGUCUGUUCAGCUUCAUGCCUUUAUCUCUGAUACGGGCGCGUGUAACGAUCAUGGGAAGACGUACGCCCUCUAUACCAUCACCGUCGUACGCAAGACCUCCGACGGCAGCGAGGACAUCUGGAAGACGUACCGCCGCUACAGCGAUUUCCACGACUUCCACAUGCGCAUCACAGAACAGUUUGAAAGCCUUGGUCCGAUUCUCAAGCUUCCUGGCAAAAAGACCUUUAACAACAUGGACAGGGAGUUUUUGGAGAAGAGGAAGAAGGACCUGAAUGCUUAUUUACAGGUGCUGCUGAAUCCUGAGAUGGUGAAGGCCUGUCCCAUGCUGAUCCCCUACGUCUAUGACUUCCUGGAGAACAAAGCCUACAGCAAGGGCAAAGGAGACUUCGCACGCAAGAUGGACACGUUUGUGAAUCCUCUCCGGAGCUCCAUGCGGAACGUGUCCAAUGCCGUGAAGUCACUGCCGGACAGCCUGGCCGAGGGAGUGUCCAAAGUCUCGGCGGACAUGGGCCGCAUGUCCGAGAAACUUGGCCAGGAUAUUAAACAGUCCAUAUUUAAGGUGCCUCCUUUAAUUGCAAAGUCUGACAUCGAUCCCGAACACUGCCGCGUCUCGGCCCAGCUGGACGACAAUGUGGAUGAUAAUAUUCCACUGAGGGUGAUGUUGCUGUUGAUGGACGAGGUGUUUGAUCUGAAGGAGAGAAAUCAGUGGCUGCGCAGAAACAUCAAAAACCUCCUACAGCAGCUCAUCAAAGCCACGUCUGGAGACACCAUUAACAGGAAAAUCGUAGAUCAUGUCGACUACAUGACCUCGCCUGAGCAAGUGUCUGAUUACGUGAAGAGAUUCAGAGACUCCUACUGGCCAAACGGGAUUCUGGCCGAGACGCCGCCCCGCAGAGACAAAAGCUUACGCAUGAGGACACGAGUCGCCGCCAAGACCACACUCCUGGGCAUCAUGCCAGAUGAGUUGAAGCACAUUAUCGGGGCAGAAACCACACGCAAGGGCAUCCUGCGCGUCUUUGACAUGUUCCAGCACCAACCGCUGAACCGCCGGCUGGCCUGCGUCUUUCUGGAGGGCUUCCUGGAGACCUUGUUCCCUCAGUACAAGUUCCCCGAGCUGUUCGUGAAGCUCUACUCGCGCUCGCCGCGCGUGCUCAGAUAUUCACAGAAAUUGCGCAGCUUGCACAAGAGGUGACAGACGGACACUUCUCCCGCCGACGCAGAGGGGGGAGGGGAGGAACCAGCGGCAAACGCUCAAACACACACCUCCCUCUUAGUGCCUCGUGGCUGUUCUCGUUUCAAGCACUGUAUUGACACGGCCGUAGCAUAGAGGAGUCAUUUUAUCAUCAUGAAGCCUUCGGCACCUCGCUCACAUCUGAACCACUAUGAAAGACUGCAGCGCCCGAGCACUGAGCGAUCACUCUUUCCGUUUGCCGUGCAUUUCUGAUCUGAUGUUUUGAAUGACACUUGUGUAGAUAUAUACGAUUUGUUUGGUUUAUUUGGGGUUUUUGCAUUUGGCAUUGGUCGCCUCAUCGUCAGUACUGUAUGGUGAAGGAAAUCCGACCGAAGCAACCUAUGCACCUUAACACUCAUUACAAGCAGAACCAUAUGAGGAGGGUCGGCAGCGAUGUAUUAUGAUCAUUUUGUGGCACUGAAACUGAAAUAGGCGUAACGUUAUCCUUCUCAGCCUUUUGCUUACAUGUAAUACUUGAGCUAAUCUAAAAUGACUUAAAGGAAUAGUUAAGGCAAAAAUGAAAAUUUGUUGACAAUUUACUCACCCUCAGG